AUGAAAUUGACGGAUGUCAUGUUGGGCUUGGGGGGAUUGGUCGUGUUGUUAACAGUGAUGCUGGAUAACAUUGUAUUGGCGGAGAUGAAGCCAACCGAGUUGUGGGGUAGCAUGUCAAUCAAAAUCUUUGGUGCCACUACAGACCAGCCAGGGGGCAUCAAUGCCACAACAGUCAGGCACAGCACACGAGUUGGAAAUCAGAACCAGACAAAUGAGAGUCUUCCUAAUCCUAAUACUAAAAGAGAUGAAUGGAUCAACACGUCCAGUUCCAGUACCACCAGUCUGUCUACACAACCACCAGAAGUGUUGGCUACACCCGCUCCAGAAGUCACGACGACUUCAGACGAGGUUUCUCCACAACCAACAGAAGUGCUACCCACAAGUAUGGCCAAAGUCAUACCUACUACAGAGGUGUCUACACAGCCACCAGAAUUGGUGCUGCCCACAUCAUCCAUGCCUCUCAAUUCCAGUAUGUUCAAAGUACCCAAAGUGUCCAAUGAUUGGGAGCAGUUGAAACAACAAAAUCCCAAGAUUAUCAUUACUUUCCUCCAAAAUUCUGGUUUGGGUAGCCAGAUACUGAACAUGCUGGCACAAAAAAUUUACUUUGACAGUCUCCAUCGAACAUUCAUUGCAGAUGACACCAUUUAUGGAUACCGAUGGGAUGAGGAGACAGGAGUGCUGAGGGGAUUUUUCCAACCAAAAUUUCCUGUGGUCAACAAGGAUGAAUAUGCCACCAUUGAGCGAGUUUUUGGAGUGGAGAAUUAUCGAAAAGCAAUAGAUGCCUCCAAGAAAAAAACCUGGCCGGAUUACACAUCUGGCAAACAAAUUGGAAGGGUCAGCGACAAAACUCAACUCUAUAUUGUUUGGUCCACCAGUGGACCAGCACGAAGAGCCUUUCGCAAACGAUUUGAGGCUGUGGGUCCUGAAGUGUACCAACGCUUUGCCGAUUGUGCCUGUGACAAUUUACAAUUCAGUGAUCAUGCACUGUUCGAAAUCAACCAGCUCAAGGAAGCUCUCAACAUGCCGGAUCUCACAAAGUCUCAUUCGGUCGCAUUUCAUAUUCGACGAGGCGACAAACUCGAAAAGGAAGCAAAGAAACCAUAUACGGCGUAUCAUUACGUCGAUAAACUCCGAAGAAUCCCCGAUGCCGCAAGGAAGCCUGUGGAACAUUGCUUUGUUGCAUCCGAUGAUUACUCAGUGGUGGGAGAACUCCAACAAGCUUUGCAAUCAAAGGGAAUCCAUUGCCAGUUGCACACACUCAUACCCUCGGUCGCCAGGGGAGCUAACUUGGCAUACAAGACCAGCUGUCAUGAGGACACGAUUCUUUUGUUGGCGGAGUUAACCAUGAUGAUUGAUGCAACCUACUGGGUGGGUACGUGGAAUUCCAAUGCCGGCAACAUGGCUUCGGUCAUGAGGGGCUGUCGUCAUGCUGGUAAACCACACUAUAGCCAUUCAUAUGCCCUGGAUGGCGAAGACUGGUUCUUUCGAGGAAAAGCCUACAUGUAUAUGAAACGGUGGAACCGGGGGGUGGUGGAAAUCAGAUGCAGUGCCGAAAGAUGGCUAUCUGUUGGUUGUUUCCAGCAUUUGAGUGAGUCCUACUUUUCCUUUGGAGAAGAGGAGAAAGUGAUGGAGACUGGGGCUCCCCAUAUUGCCCGUGACUGA